AUUGAUUCAGUAACAAAAUUAGAGUAAGUAAAUUUGAUUUUACCCUUUGGACUUAAUCCUAGUAAUUGUCAUCAUUUCAUCUCCCUCAACCCUUAACUCCCUUGUACAAAAUCAGUGUAAACAAUAGAUGGCGACAGAAAUUUGUUACUGGAUAAACCUUUAUAGUUUUAAUUUUAUUAUGAUCAAGAAAAUUUAUCUUGACGCUUUGUCAUUAAUACUGUGUGUUUCGUGCCCUUCUAUCUCCUGCGAUAUUAACCUAGGAAAAAUAUCCUAGCCGGAUUUAACAUCUGAUAUUUGAAUUGUUACCAUUCUCUUCGUUUUCUUUGACAACAUCAACUAAAUUAUUGAUUUAACCAUUGGACGUUCAUUGAACAUUGACUAAAUCCGUUUUAGAAUGUCUCAAGUUAUUUUAGUUACUGGUGGAGCUGGCUUCAUUGGAAGUCACUGUGUUUUGACGCUUCUCGAAUCUAAUUACGAGAUAAUCGUUAUGGAUAACUUAUCCAAUGCAAUAUGUACUGAAGUUAAUCAAAAUGGUUUACCAGAAAGUCUGAGAAGAAUUGAAUUGAUAACAUCCAAGAAAAUUCAAUUUUACAAUACAGAUUUAUUGGAUGCAAGAGGAAUAGCGCAAAUUUUCAGAGAUCAUAAAAUAAGUGCUGUAAUACACUUUGCUGGACUGAAAGCUGUUGGUGAAUCCAUGGUUAAGCCUCUCGAGUAUUAUGAAAACAACGUGGCCGGGACAAUUAAUUUACUUAAAGUUAUGCGAGAAUAUAAUGUGAAAAAUUUAAUCUUUUCGUCUUCUGCUACUGUUUACGGUUUACCUCAAUAUCUUCCCAUUGAUGAAAAUCAUCCAACUGGCUCUACGAUUACAAAUCCUUAUGGUAGAACUAAGUUUGUCAUUGAACGAAUACUCGAGGAUUUGUCUAAUAGUGAAAAGGAUUGGUGCAUUGUAUCCCUUCGUUACUUCAAUCCAAUUGGUGCUCAUGAAUCAGGAGAGAUUGGAGAGGACCCACAAGGAAUUCCAAAUAACUUGAUGCCUUUCAUCUCUCAAGUUGCUGUUGGUCGUAGGCCCAAACUCCAAGUAUUUGGUGAUGAUUUCAAGACCAAAGAUGGUACUGGGGUCAGGGACUACAUACAUGUCAUAGACCUUGCCCGAGGCCAUGUAAUUGCCUUAGAUAAAGUUUUUCUAAAUAAAUGGUCCGGUUUCAAGGUUUUCAACCUCGGUAAUGGUUGUGGACUUUCAGUGUUAGAGGUUAUUGAUGCCUUCGAGAAAGCUAAUGGUGUAAAAGUUCCUUAUGAAAUCGUUGCUCGCAGGCCUGGAGAUGUUGAUGCCAUGUUUGCAGAUAAUCGAAAAGCACUCGAGGUAUUAGGAUGGAAACCACACUACAGUAUUACCGAUAUGUGUAAACAUACAUGGAAAUGGCAAUCAAAAAAUCCAAGAGGUUAUCGGUCUGAAGAUAUGUAAAAGCCUUUUACAGUCAAAUAGAGCACGAUUCUGUUUCAAAUUUUAUUUUUUAAUAACUAUUGAAUAUAUUGUGAUAAAAUGAUGAUGCACCGAAAAAAUGUUUUAAGUUUUUUAGUUAACUUAUAAAAUUAUAACAUAUAUUACGAAUUUAUGCAAUAAAACAACGUGCAUUCAAUCUCUAGAGAGGUUAUAAAAUUGAAA